AUGGCUCUCCUAAAGACCAAAAAACCAUCGAACAGCUGCUAUCACUUCUAUGUCUGUGAACCUAAGCAGGAUGAGGACUACGCAGGGACCCUUACCUUCGUGGUCAGAAAAAUUUCGAAGACCAGGCUGUCCCUAGACAGCUGCCUGCAUGAUCAAACCGAGGGAAUGCAGAUCGUUCGCGUACGUUUGAGAUUGUCAGAAGAUCAACCCGAGAAUAUCACUCUCGAAGUGGCGUUACAUCUGUUCUGCGAAGGGAUGCUUGACGAUGAAAACAGAAGUUAUCUCGAAAGCCUUACACGCUGGUGGAUUGGGGGGAUUGUGCCCCUCUGUCCAAUUUUCAAGGCGCAUUGGACGUCACUUUAUUUCCAGAAGACGGUCGGCCGUGGAGCAGAGCACCUUUCAUCUUUCCUCCAUGAAGCACAGAACGAAGCUCGGUCCUAUAUUUCACCUACUAUUUUGAUCCUCGGGUUUGCCGUUCUGGCUGGUGUGGGUAGUUGUUUUGCCUUCCUGAAUUCCGGCAUCAAUUUCACCAAUCCAGAGAAUGUGAAUCAUUUUUGCAACAAUGCGUUUUCUCAUGUCAUUGAGUACUUCCAAUUGUUCGUGGACAGAAACCAUUCCAGAGUGGAUCUUACAGUGCAAGAACUCGAAUGGAAAGUUGCUAUUGGCCGUUUCAAAGUCAAAUUCGAUGCACUCUUGGACGAAAUGGCAACGGCUGGAGUCGCGAUACCGUCGUCGGAUCAACCUGCCUAUGCAAUCCAGCUUUUUCAAGGCCGCCAAAUACCUUAUGCCACCUGUGCAAAACUCUAUGAUGUUACCGAAGCCGCCAUGAGGGUUCACAUCUUGAGAAAAGAUCUUUUCGAUGUGCUGGUGAGCGCUCGGCGGGAGGCUCUUUUGAACUCUGGAGCUAACGCUGCUGCCUCCGCUGCCGCCGCCUGGUCAAUUUACACAGCGAUCAAGUUCUCCGCUGCUAACACGGUUCCCGUUAUUAUGGCAGAGACUGGCGGUGUUGUGUCAACGGUUGGUGCGGGAGCUACGCUGACAGCCGCUGCGGCUUGUUGGCCUGUCAUAGUCUUUGCCGGUGGUGUGUGCGUCGUCACGGCCUCUAAGGCAGUGCUAUCUCACAGGGAAUCAACCGUGAUCGAGGAAAAACUUAAGCAAUGCGCAAAAGUCCACAACAGCAUGAAGGCCGUUUGGUCCAUCGCAUACGACCUGCAUAAUGUGAUGAUGUGGUUCCGGUACUCCCCAAAAGAGGGCCCAAGCACCACGAAGUCGGUCCAAUUUCGCGAUGUCGAAUCCGAGAUUAUGUGGAAUAGGUUCAUUAGCAGCUAUCGCACAGCCACGGGUCAAGGGGCCAUCACCUCAACCGUGUCGCAAGCGGGUUAUAUUUUGACAUGGGCGGAUGAGCAGACCGCACAACUGAGGGCUCUGAUGGAGGACUUCCAGGAAUGA